UAAUCACAGCGCAUUCUGCAUACAAAGACAACCAAAGCGCAAUUUGAGACACAGCAUAGGUUGCACCGUUAGAGGUAGUAUUCCAGCAGUACAGGCGGUCAGCUAUCUGAAUGAAUGGUUUGCUCUGUCUCAGGACUAUGUUGGUGACCUGGCAGCGGAGAUCCGGGCGGAGGAAGAGGAGGAGUGGGUUCUGGAGUGUCUGGGGACUCUGGCUAAUCUCACCAUCCCUGACCUGGACUGGGAGCUGGUGCUGAAGGAGUACAACCUGGUCCCCUACCUUAAAGACCGCCUCAAACCAGCCUCAGCAGAGGAUGACCUCAUCCUGGAGGUGGUGAUAAUGAUCGGAACAGUUUCCAUGGACGACGCCUGUGCCGCCAUGUUGGCAAAAUCUGGCAUUAUCCCUGCGCUGAUCGAGCUGCUCAAUGCCCAGCAGGAGGAUGAUGAAUUUGUGUGUCAGAUUGUAUACGUCUUCUAUCAGAUGGUGUUUCACCAAGCUACCCGUGAUGUCAUCAUCAAAGACACCCAGGCUCCAGCCUACCUGAUCGACCUGAUGCACGACAAGAACGCUGAGAUCAGGAAAGUGUGUGACAACACCCUGGAUAUCAUCGCUGAGUACGAUGAGGAGUGGGGCAGAAAAAUUCAGUCAGAGAAGUUCCGUUUCCAUAACAACCAGUGGUUGGAGAUGGUCGAGAGUCGCCAAGCUGACGAGUCUGAACCGUAUCUGAACGAUAACGACAACGACAGGACGGAUCUGUUCUAUAGCGCAGAUGGAAUAACUCCAGCAGACGGUUCAGUCAGCCCAGACUUCUUCAAUGACCUACAGCCUCAAAAUGGAGACAUGCACCAUACAGGGUGAGUGAACACACCAGCUCCUCUCCUGGUCGUCCAGCUACUGCGUACGGCUUCAGACCCGAUGAACAACCCUUCUAUCAGUACUCAUAGACACACACACACACA